AUGUCCUCAGCCCCAGCUAAGCGUGGUCGUGGAAGACCAAAGAAGGACCCUAACGCUCCACCAAAGCCAAAGGGAGUCACCAAGCCCUCAUCUUCAUCCACAAGAACUCGUGGCCGUCCACGUAAGGCCGCUGGCGAUGUUGUCAAUGGUGAGGAGAAAGCCCCAGCCAAGACCGCCGCUCCAGCCAAGGCUCGUGGCAGUCCCAAGAAGGCCGAACAGUCCAGUGGAGAAGAGACUGAGGAAUAA